CUACACAGUGCACUGUGUACAUUUUUACACUCACUAGUGACUGGUGGUAGACUCUGGUAGUAGUAGUGGUAGAGUCUAAAAAUUAAAAAAAUGCAGAAUAUUUCAGGUAAACCCAUUUCUUUUUACUGCGGAAUCAUGAAACUCAAACAAAUUUGCCAGGUUUCUAAGUAUAUGAGAUCAACAGUAAGAUUUUUAGGCCAGCCUGCAGCUGAAAGCCAUCCACACUUAAUUUCUGAAGGAGAAGUGACACCCGGCCUGACCAGGAAGGAAUUUCAUAACAGAAGGUGCAAUCUUGUCAAGGCUGCCCUGAAUUCAUUUCGGGGUGUCAAAACAGUCAACCACCACUUGUUUGUCUUUCCAUCGGCAACUACUGUGUACAUGACCAAUGACAUUCCCUAUCCGUUCAGACAAAAUUCUGAUUUCCUUUACUUCUGUGGCUUCCAAGAGCCAGACAGUGCACUGCUGAUUGCAGCCAACAGCCAAUCGUCCCGGAACGGUGAGCAUGUCGCACAUUUGUUUGUGCCUCGUAAAGAUCCAGCAAAAGAACUUUGGGAUGGGCCUAGGUCAGGAGCUGAUGGUGCCUUACUCCUGACUGGGGUGGAUGGAGCUUUUAACUCCAAUGAGCUGGAGAAGUAUUUACAGUUUUACCUUAAAGACCAUAAAGAUUUUGUCUUGUGGUACAACCACGGUAGUCCAGUGCAUGCAGAAUUUCACAACCGUGUCCUUGCUCAAGUUAUGCGUGACCAGAAGCACAAGUGUGUUGAAAGUACAACCGCUAUAUCACAUCAAUUACGAUGCAUCAAAUCUGAAGCAGAAGUGCAGUUGAUGCAAGAAAGUGCCAAAAUAGCUUCAGAGUCUUUCAAAGAAGUCAUGCGAUUUUCAAAACCACAGAUAAAUGAAGCUCAGUUAUGGGCUAAAAUGGACUAUGAAUGUCGCUUGCGUGGUGCUGAGUUUUUAGCAUAUCCGCCUGUUGUUGCAGGAGGGCCUCGAGCCAACACUAUUCAUUACAUUGCCAAUAACCAGGUGGUAGCAGAUGGGCAAAUGGUCUUGAUGGACGCUGGCUGUGAGUACCACGGCUAUGCCAGUGAUCUGACCCGCACGUGGCCUGUGUCAGGUCGUUUUACCGAGCCACAGAAGCUGUUGUAUGAUGCCACACUGCGAGUGCAAGAGGCCUGCAUCAGGCUGUGCACCACUGACAACAGUUUGGAUGAUAUCUACCACCAAAUGCUUCUUUUCCUUGCUGCAGAGCUUAUACAGCUGAAAAUUAUCACCCCUAUCUCUCCGUUUGAGAAUAAACAACAUCUGGCGAGAAAGUUCUGCCCACAUCAUGUUGGCCACUACCUAGGGAUGGAUGUUCAUGACACCAAUGAUGUAUCAAGACAAAUCAAGCUCAAGCCAAACAUGGUUGUUACCAUUGAGCCCGGCAUUUACAUUUCUGAAAAUGAAUUCACUGUUAGUCCAGAGUUUCGUGGUCUAGGAAUUCGGAUUGAAGACAAUAUUCUAGUAACAAACUCCUCCCCUGUCAAUUUGUCUGAAUCCUGUCCCAAGAAAGUCACUGAUAUAGAAAACCUGUUUUUGAAGUGAAGCAUUUGGAACAAUGAAUCUUCAAUUAUCAAGAAACUUUUAAGCUCUGUUUUGUAGAUCACAGGAUGUUAUUUUUACUGUUGGGUGAUAUUGAUCAUUUAGUAAAAGGAGGUAAUUGAAAUUACAAAUAAUUGACAGGUGCUAUGUGAGUAUAGCUAAUGAAUAAAAACAUAAAUAUGUUAUUUAUAAUGAUGGAGCUUAUUGAACUGAGAACAGUUUUAUGUAUGGCUGUAAAAUUCAAAAUAUGAAUCCCUUCAAUCAUUGAUAGAUUUUUUUUUUUGCUUUGUUUUAAAUUGGAGUUUUUUUUAACAUUCAAUUUUUUAAACGAUCUUUAUGUUCUAGGUGAAACUUAUGUAUGGUAUACGUAAACAAAACAUAAUUUGUUGUGCAACCCAAUUACCAUAAGAUAAUUAUAUACUUUCUUGGUUUUAUACUAUCUUAUGCAUAUUACAAAUAAUAGAUUUACUGAGCAAGAAAUUACUUCUUUGAAAAAAUAAUUUUUAAAAGUUAGUUUUGUUAGUCUAACAUGUUCAAAUUAAUAUUUUUUGUUAGUUAUCCAGUUGCAUUCCGACAGGGAAAUUGGACCAUAAAUCCAUGGUCUUUAUAAUCGUUUUAAAAUAAUUUUUUAUUAUGUCAUUACAGCCUUACAGACAAAACAUUGUUUUAAGUUUUUUUUUAGUAUUGAUAGAACUUACAAGAAUUGUGGCCAUGGGUUGAAUUAUAUUUUUUUGGGUAUUGGGAUGUGGGUAUGUAUGAAUGUUUUAAUCAGUUUAAAGACAUCCCUCCCCCCCCCCUCCAGUAUUAGUGUUAUUUAACUAGCAUUAUGUGCUUUACACUUGUUUGCCUUUGGUCUCAUCUCAGCUAAAACUUUGCCAGCUAUAUUUUAAAAUGGUUUAAAAUGCAUGUGUGUUCCAGUAAAAUUUUAAUAAACGACUGCCAAACAUGAAUAAAUAUAUUUUAAAAUAUAAA